AUGAAGAUCAUGAGCACUUCACCUCUGCCUUGAGGUUGCAACUUCACAGGGCUUCAAUGUCCUCUCCGUCCUCCCCUCGUCUCCUCUCCAUACGCUUUUUCAACGAUCUCCUCACAUACGUCAAGUUACUUCUCACAGAUUCCCGAUACUUCAGCACCCUCGCAUUCUUCAUAUUGCUUGGUGAUGCGGUCCUCACGCAACUCAUCAUUCGCUACGUCCCAUACACAGAAAUUGAUUGGGAAACGUACAUGUAUCAGGUGGAGUUGUACAUGAAAGGGGAACGCGACUACGCGUCGAUCGAAGGGCCAACUGGACCCUUAGUAUAUCCAGCUGGCCAUGUAUAUAUCCACCGCAUCUUGUAUGCCUUGACAAACGGAGGUACCAGACUUGCUUUGGCUCAGCAAGUGUACGCUCUGCUGUACAUUACCUCGCUUGGCCUCACAUCCAUCCUUUACGCACGGGCUGGCGGUGUGCCGAACUGGAUUCUACUCCUCCUGCCUUUGAGUAAACGGCUCCAUUCGCUAUUCGUACUUCGGCUGUUCAACGAUUGUUGGGCGUUAGUAGCAGUGCAAGCUGCUACUUUGGCAUAUUCCUCCGAAUGGGAUGUGCUAGGGACUUUGCUGUAUGGCUCUGCAUUGUCCGUCAAGAUGUCCGUCCUGCUCUACCUCCCAGGCAUACUCGUGAUACUGUUCAAACGCAGAGGAUUCCUUUUGACAAUCGCCCAUACGGCCCUCUUGAUAUGCAGUCAAGCUGCCAUCGGGCUUCCAUUCAUAAUACACCAUCCUCGAUCAUACCUGCAUCAUGCCUAUGAGUUCUCUCGUGCAUUCUUGUACAAGUGGACUGUGAACUGGAGAUUUGUUCCAGAAGAGACGUUCCUUAGCUCUGCCUGGGCUCGAGGGCUUCUGCUGGGACACGUCUUGACUUUAGUCGGCUUUGGCCUCUUCAAAUGGUGUCGAAAGGAUGGGGGGACAUUUGCAGUGCUGGAUCGAGGUCUCAGGUUUCCUUCCAUGUCACCUAGUUUGGUUCCGGUAACAGCUGAUUGUGUAAUCACGGUCUUGUGGACUGCCAACUUGAUUGGUAUUUUGUUCGCGCGUUCUUUGCACUACCAGUUCUAUUCUUGGUACGCCCAACAGUUGCCAUUUCUCGCUUGGCGAACAAAGUACCCCGUUCCUUUGAAGAUUGCACUACUACUGGCUGUAGAGUAUUCGUGGAAUGUCUUUCCGUCGACACCCUUCUCAUCGGGGCUGCUUCUUUUCUCGAAUGCUCUCCUUGUACUUGGGAUUUGGUUUGGUUAUUCGGAGGGAAGGAGUAGUCAUGAAAAGAAUGAGUAGAUGUUUCUUGCUUUGAAAGUCUCUCUCAUGCCCCUGCGCUACGCGAUAUGUAAACGUUCAUUUAUUCACCAUCGCAUAUUAUGAUUUCAUUCUGUACUAAAGAAUACGAUCGCGGGCGCUUCUACAUC